GAGUUGGUUCCUCUCUUUUGUCGGUCGGUCUGCUUCCAUCUCUUCUUUUAUCACGUUAAACUCACUCUCAUUUAUUGAAAGUGGAAGAACUUGAACAUGCAAUGAAAGGAUUGAAAAAAAAGCCUGGGGCUGAAAGUUGGUUAGCUUCCGUUUCUUCCCCUGUCGAGUUGAACUCUCUUUAUUGUGAUGAUACAUAAGGUUGAUGCAAGGAAAUGGACCCAUUAAACCAAUUGUCUGACACGUAGUAAGCCGUAUCUAUCUAUACCUAUAUGCUAAAUCUGUCUCCUGAAAGGUCUAAUUGAUCACCAAGUGUCAUGUCCAAUUGAUUGACAUGUGGAUAUCAAUUGGCUAGGUUGGGAGAAAAGAUUUUUUUUUUUGGGUUUUUUGGUCUUUGCUUCAUUUGAAAGUCUCUUUUGGUCUUUUAAAUCUAUGCUACUUUUUUCUCUCGAGGGCAUUUUUGGAUUUAUUAUAUUUUUUUAUCUUUUUAUGUUGUUUUUUUUUCUACAAUUUUCUUCUUUUUUUCCCAAUUUAGUAUUUUUAUUAGGUAAAAUAUUUGAAAAGUUGCACAUAUAAAAUUUUCAACUUUUUUAUCAUUAACUAUUGGCAUAGAUGGAGUACAAAAUUAUUACUUGCAUCAAAUUUUGCAUGAAUUAGUAAUUAUAUGCAAGUAUCUACAAUUUAAGCUUCUCAAACAAUCUAAUAAAAAUACAUAAAAGGUUAUUUUCUUAACCUAUCUUAAGUAAAAUUUUUAAAGAUUUUAAAAUCAUGUGGAUCACAAGCAAGGAUUUUUUUUUAUUUCAAUAUUAAAAAAUUACUAACUGUGGGAAAAUAGUUCACAUAAGCGGCUUUUGCUUUAAAUGUUGAUUAAUUUUAAAUCUUGAGGUACAUAAAAAUAUAGUAACAUGCUUGUGCGGUAACUUACAAUAACAUAUUACAAGACAGCCAUAUGAUAGACAUGUCUUAAUUUAAGCAAAAUGGUUGAUGUAUUGUGUCACAGUUCAGGAAAUACUAUGUCAUGAUAUCUACUUAAUAUCCACUAAAUAUCCCGGAUCUGUAGGACUACAAUUUCAAACAUAAUAAAUAAUAUUCUUUAUAUAAGAUAUUAUUGUGCCAAGCAUAAUGCUUGAUAUCCUUGAUCUAUGGUGAUACAGUUCAAAUCAUUAUAUUUGAUAUCCUUGAUCUAUCAUGCUACGCUUCCAAGCUUAAUGCUUAAGAUCCUUGAUCUAAGGUACUACGGUUUCCAACAUAAUAAAUAAUAUCCUUAAUACUACUUAAUUAUAUCAUUGAUUUGUUAUGUUACGUCUUCAAGCAUAAUCCUUGAUAUUCUUGAUCUGAGGUCCUAUAGUUUCAAUUACAAUGCUUGAUAUCCUUGAUUUGUUAUGAUAUCUACUUGAUAUCCACUACAUAUUAUCCUUGAUUUGUAAUGUUAUGAUUCCAAGUGUAAUGCUUGAUACCCUUAAUCUGAUAUCUUAUGGUACCAAGCGCAAUAGAUGAUAUCUUUUCUAUGUCAUGAUAUCUAUUUGAUAUCCAUUAAAUAUCCUUGAUCCGUAUUACUACAAUUCUAAGCAUAAUAGAUAAUAUCUUUAAUAUAGGUUGUUAUGAUACCAAGUAUAAUGCUUGAUAUUAUUGAUCUAUAGUGAUAUAGUUUAAAUCAUUAUGCUUGAUAUUCUUGAUCUGUAGUACUACACUUCCAAGUCUAAUGCUUGAUAUUCUUGAUCUGAGGUAUUACAAUUCCAAAUAUAACAGGCGAUAUCCUUAAUACUAUUUAAUUAUAUCCUUAAUUUGGUCAAUUAUGUUUUCAAGAAUAAUGUUUGAUAUCAUUGAUCUAAGGUCCUAUGGUUCUAAUUAUAAUGCUUAAUAUCCUAUUAUUCUUGAUUUGUAGUGUCAUAAUUCCAAACAAAAUGCCCAAUAUCCUUGAUAUGAAGUUCUAUUGGUCCAAGCCCAAUAUCAGUUACUAUUAGUUUUAAAUAAUUGUUUGGUCACAAAGUUUCAUGUUCUAUUACACAUUAUCACUAUAUUUUUUUAUAUAUGCUUAGAGUCCUACCAGAACAUUGACAUACUACCUCAAAAGGACACAAAAUAGUAUAUCUUUUAUAGAGCUUUGCCAAAUCUUUAUACUGACUUUUGUUUACAGACAUCGCUUUUUGUAACUAAGCUAACAAUUAAUAUAUAAAAUUACAAAUUAUCAUAAUAUUGCUUUACAUUUUCUACUGCUGAUUAUAAUAUUUUGUAUUUGUAAUUUUUAGUACAUGGACUUACUUUAGUCUUUACUUACAAAAGGUUAUAGAAUAAAAAUAUAAUAAAUACAACUAUUACAACAUAUAUUAUUAUCUUCGUGUGCAACGCAUGGGCAUAUUUCUAGUAGUGUGAUAAUGGAGAAGCAAUUAUGUUCGCUAUUAACGAUAAAGGUAUCAAAAGAGUUAAGCAUAUGGAGAUAAAAUAUUUAAUUGUUAAAGAACUUGUGAAAAUGGUGAUAUUUAAGUAAAGCUUAUUGGAAUUGAUGACAUAAUAGUUGAUCUUCUUACUAAGGAACUACGUCUUGUCACUUUCAAUAAAUAUGUUUAUGAUAUGGGUAUCGUAGAGUCUUUUAAUGUACUUGGUUAGUGAAAGGAUUUAACAUUGAUAUAUUUAUAUGCUUUUAUGUUUAAUUUUGUUUGGUCAUUGUUAAUGUUUUUUGCAUUUAUUAUAAAUAAUGAUUAUUGUAUGAUAUUAAGUAAUAAAGUGUUUAUGUAUAUAUGCAUUUUUCAUAUGUGAAUGCUUAAGAUAUGUUAUUCUUUAAACAUAGAUGGGGUAUAAAUUGAUAGUCAUGAGGUUAUGUUUUUGACACAUAAAGCAUAAAUGAAGAUAUUCAAAGUAGACAGACAAGUUUACAAAUAAAUCAUAAAGAAUUUCUUUUGGAAGCUUGGGUUGUAUAAAGUAGAGAUUAAGAUAAUUGACAAAUGAAUCCAAUAAAGAAAUCAAUCAUCAAGAAAGUAUUAUUGUGUAUUGCUACACUACCACAUCAAAUUCAUGUAGAUAAGAGUUAAGUUGUUGUAUCCUAUGGAUGUUGUUAUUGCUAUUUUUUGAAGUCACAAAUUUUGUUGGAUACUAAGACGUUUGAAAUAAUCUUUAAAAUCAGUCUAUUUUAAAUUGAACCUAUGAAGUUUUCAGUUGUCUUGACUGGGUCGAUUUUAAGAAAAUUUGUUUUUUAAAAUUUGAAUUUAAAUAAUAUAAUCCAAAUGAAAGAUUGUUAGAUUUUUCAAAUAAUUAAAAUUUGAAUUUACAUUAUUUAUUUUUUUCCAAAAUUAACAGAUAAUUAAUCUGAUCUAAGAUAAUAUUAUAGUCCAUAAUAUAAUGAAAUAAAAUUAGCCAAGUUUUAAUAUUAUUAUGGAGAUAGACCUAUAUAGGACAUCUUAAAUGUUGAGAUUAAGACUUCAUUGUACAAAGGUAAAACUAGUUGUUUCUUCUAUCUUGGAAACAUUAAAAAUCUGAUCAUUAAAGAGUUAUAAAACAAAGAAAGAGAAAAAUCCUAGUUCAUUGAAUUUUAAUAUUUAAUUUGACUAAUAUUAUUUCCACAGACAAAAUUAUAAAUAAAAAAUAUAUACGUUUUUAUGCAUUUUAAAAUUCAAUUAUAAUUGAUCUUGGAUUAAGUACAACCAUAUUUAUAAAUAAAUUUAAUAGAUCCCUUUUCCUCUUUUCUCUGAGUUUCAACAUAGUGUAGCAAAUGAAAUAUACAAUAAAUAAUCUUAAGCCCCACAACUUUAAUCUAAAUAAUCACAAGUAAAUUUCAUUUAAUAAACCUUUCAUUUAUUGAAUCUAUAAAGCAGCUGAUUAUAAUUUUGCCACUACACGUUAAGGUUUGAGCAUAUUUUUUAAAAAUUUUAUUAAUAUUUGUUUUAAUAAUAAAUAUUAUAAUACAUAUCUUAGGGUAUAAUAUGAUUGUUGGGAUGCAAUAAUUAAAAUAAAUAUUAUUAUCAUGUUCGGUAUAUAUAAAAAAAAUCCAUUAAAAUACGAAAAAGGUACUAUGUUAAUUAAAAUUAUCAAAUUUUUUCUGAUUAGUACAUAAUAAAAAAAUUCCGUAAAUAAUUAAAUUUGAGGUUUGGAUGAUUGAAUUGACAAUCAAAUAUGGAAUUAGUUGAUACAGUUGAGCACAAGCAAUCCCAAGAUGACGUGGAUAAAAAUCAGCACGUGCCACUAAAUUUAAAUUACGGUAGCGCCAGCGAAACAGAGUGCAGCGCUAAGGAUGAUAAGACCGAUGACUUGCAAGGAUUGUAAUUAGUUUCUAUUUUUUUUGUCUCUUUUAUUUAUUUAUUUAUUUAUUAUUGGACCGUAAUCUUUUCUUCAGCUCCCCUGUCUGCCCCCAUUCCUACCUUAGAGAAGGAAAAAUGGCGGCAUCUUCGACGUUCGAAUCCUCUCUGAGAAGAGGGAACCCGACGAGAAAGACGACGCCAUCGUCAUCCGACUCUUCGAAAAGAGCAGCAACAGCUCCACCUCGGAGAUCCAGAAGUGUAAGCGCCUUUUCGAGAACCUCUCAUGCCGACUUCCCCGAGUUCUCCAUAAAAAGAGACAACCCGCUCUUUGACAACAACAGCAACAACAACAAUCAGGACGACGACGACGACGACGAUGAAACUGUGUUCAAAUCCGUCCUUAAAUCUGACCAAAUUACUUCCAAAACCAAGCACAAAGCAGUUGCCGCCGAUGAGAAUAGCAAUAGGAGAGGCAGAUCUGUUUUCAGAAGUGGCCCUGAUGGAAAACAAGCGUCGGCGUCGGGGAAUAGCAAGGAGUUGUCUCGGAGCUUGUCCGUUGUGGAUACCAGGAGACGUGUCCGCUCUGUCUCCCGCACUCCACUUUCAAGGAGCCAUUUGGCUUCUUCUGAGAGUGAGGUGGAGCAAGAAGGUAAUUUAUGGAUGAAAUCUAGGAAUAAAGGUAAUUUAAGUGCUACAUCGAGUAAUGGUCAAAAGGGUAAUUUUGUGAGGAGCAGGUCUAGUUUGACACGGUCUAGUCAACGGAAGCCUAUGGAUCCUUUGGAUGCUUCUCCUACAAGUUUGUCUCGUUUAAGAACUGCAAAAUGGGAUGAUGUGGUCUCGACUAGUUCUUUUUCGGAAGCUGAACUGAUGGAGUCAUUCCAGGGGGACAAUUUGGUGGGAGAUGAUACUGGUGCUAGUGACAUAUAUAAAACUGUUAAAUCAGAAGUGAGACGGGCUAUCUCCGACAUCCAAAAUGAGCUGGAGAGCGCAAUCAGGAGGAGUAAUGUUACUGCAAUUACUAGUACUGAUGUGACUGAUAUCCCUCCUGACUUGGUGAACCAGGGUGCAAUGUCAGACAUACAACAAGAAUAUGCCACAAAGCUGGAGCGGUCCCAAGAACGUGCCAGACAGCUUCGAGCUGACCUGGCAGUAGAGGAACACCGUGGUAUGGAACUUAGUAGGAUCCUGAAGGAAGUGCUUCCAGAUCCAAAGACUCCUAGCACGAAGAAAUCCCGUCAAGGAAGAAAAUCUAGUAUUGAUAGAAGGAAGAUCUCAAAAUGUCUAACUGAAGAUGCCCUCGCCUAUUUUGAUGAGUGUGUCUCACUAUCAACAUUUGAUGGCUCUGACUUCUCAUCACUAGAAGAUCCACCACUCAAAUUAGUUGGAGUUGGCACCCUAGAUGGUGAUAACAUAUCAUUGGCGCAUGCAAGUUCAAGCACUCCAGCCUCCAAUUUCCCCAGGAAUUAUCUCCCUGAUAAACAGGAAUGUCAAUUCACAUACAGCCAUGAUCCUCUGGAUUUAACAGCCAGUAUUGAUAGCAUGGAGCAGACUCGAGAUCAACUCAUUCUGAACAGUACCGAUGGGGAAUGGGGUCAGAAGUUCCAGUUUUCCUUUUCUCCCAAACCAGGUAAAAUAUGUGAGCUUCAACAUGACAUUAGGAAGUAUGUCAAAGGUUUUGAGAAAGACAUAGGGAAAGUUAACAUCGAUUCACAGGUCACGAGAAAUAGGUACGAUCCGGAUGAGUAUAAUUUGCAGGCCAAACAACAGAGUUUGUUGUUUGAUCAUGUGUUUCUUAGAAACAGAUUAGAAUCUGGCAGUUUGCUACUAUGCAAUGGUGGAUGCCUUGCAGCCUCGUUUUUGCCUUUUGCUUCUGUAAUUUAAAUUUUAUGUCAUGUGAUUUUAUUUUUCAUGCA